AUGGGCCACACCAAGAGGAGGAACGUGCGGCAGGCACCGCAAAUGCGGUCGCGCAUCACCAGAAGCAAGGGGAAGCCUAUCUUGUCUAAUCCUGAAGAAAACAGUCAGCUCCUCAACGCACAGCUCCGUGGGCUCGGGCUGUAUGCUGCUCACACCAUCGGCGAUGGCAACUGCCUAUUCAGGGCGUUGUCUGACCAACUAUAUGGCACUCCCGCCCAUCACCUGAAGCUCAGACAAGAUAUUUGCGACUGGAUCGAAGAGCACAAGGAUCGUUAUGCACCUUUCGUUGAGGAUGGCCGUGGUCUUGACCAUCAUCUCGCUUGUAUGCGCCAGCAAGCUACAUACGGCGGACAUCUCGAGCUCUCUGCCUUUGCCCAUGUGACGAGACGCAACGUCAAGGUUAUCCAGCCUGGACUAGUGUACGUCAUUGAGUGGGAUGCCGGCGGAGAUCCGGGAGAGUCCCAAACGGAAGACGUUGCGACCGACCGCGACAGACGCCGCUCGAAGCGCAACAAAUGCCGCGAGGCAGACAAGACGGCAUCGGAAGACGCAGAACUGGAGACUGCAGUGGGGACCGCUUAUGUCGCGCGGUUGACGUUGUACAGCUAUCACGACUGGGAGCACUUCUCCUCUAUUAGGAACCUAAGGGGUCCGCAUGCCGGUUUCCCUAACGUCGAGGAAUCGCACGUUUCCGACAAUGAGGAGCUUCCUUCUCCCCCACCUAAGAAGCCGACGUCGAAAGCGAAGGGCAAAGUCAAUCCCUCCAAGACCCCGAGGAUUCGGUCAUCUGCCACCACUAUCAUCGCGUCCGCUCCAGAUCAGGCUCCUCCGUUGACUCCGGCGGAAAUUCCAUUGCCUAGAUCUACAUCACCGUCUCCGCCUCCCUCUUCAACCCCAUCAUCCCAAACCCACGCUUGUCAUUCCCCCAAACGUACCUUCGAUGAAUCUUCGGCCUCAUCGCAUUCUGAGAGGUCUCGAGGUGCUACAAAGCGAGCCAAGAGUCGUGCAACAUCCUCGACAAGAACAGUCGACGCCCAGUCGACGCCGCUCGCUCUUAGCAAGGUCGUGAGCGCAGAUGUCGACGAUCCAGACACCCCCGAUCUUUCUGCCUCCAGUUCCUCGGCGGACUCUCUCAGCUCGUUGUCUUCUGUCCCUUCCCCAGCAGGGACCCCUCCCCCUCCGGACCCUCCAGCCCCGAAACCCCUUACACACCGCCAACGCAAAUCAUUGGGGCUGCCCAAACCUCGUGCGGCAUUGGUCGGGCGUGCUGGUCCACGCACCCGGAGCGCCGGCAAGAUCGUCAUUCCUGGAGGCCGUUUCAAGACCAACAAGGCGGCGGCAACGGCUGCAGAUGGGUCGGAGGACGACGCUGAUGCGGAAUGGCGCAAGAAUGGCACAGGGCGCUUGGACGUUCGAGGAUUCAGGGAGUUGAAGAUCUAA